AUGACGGCAGUUGCGCCCCCCGUCAACUAUCAGAACAUCAAUCGGCAGGCAUGGAGCGCUGAGGGCGUGUCCAACGGAGGUGGCAUGUUUAUGCCUCGGAAGAGCGCUCAACGUUCCAACUCAUCGUCAAGCCUCUCGUCACAGGCGUCUGGCACAUCGACCAUAUCCGCCUCAUCAUCUGCAUCACAGCCAAACGGCACCCCGCAACAGAACGGCACCGACUGGGCUGCCACCCGCAAACCGAAAGCACCCAAGGGACUAUGGCCUGCGACCAAGACUGAGCCCAUCGCCGGAAUCACUGCUGCACGACCCCAACCCAUCGCGUCGGCAGGCCCAGCGUCAUCAGCCGCCUCGGCCAUGAGUGCCCUGCAAGCACCUUCCGCCAUGGUUCCCUCCCAGCACAAUGGCCAAGUACAGGCCCAGCAACAGCCCAACGGGGCACAGCGCGCACAAGGCCAGGAGAGCACCGCUGUACUGCACCUCGUCCCCAUGAAUGGCACCUUUGAGCGCAAGACCAUCACCGUACCUUUCUUCCCCGACGUUCUCCGCAUUGGCCGGCAAACGAAUAACAAGACGAUCCCCACGCCACUCAACGGAUACUUCGACUCCAAGGUACUGUCAAGGCAGCACGCUGAGGUGUGGGCCGACCGCCAGGGCAAGAUAUGGAUCCGAGACGUCAAGUCGUCCAAUGGCACUUUCGUCAACGGCUCCCGCUUGUCACAAGAGAACCGAGAUUCUGACCCCCACGAGCUGCGAGAACAGGACAUGUUGGAACUCGGUAUCGACAUCGUCAGCGAAGACCAGAAGACUAUUGUCCAUCACAAGGUCGCUGCGCGCGUUGAGCAUGCUGGCAUCUACGCGCGAACCAGUAGCGAGAUGAUCGACCUCAACUUUGGCGAACUCGAGGGGCCACAACUCUCCAAUAUCAUGGGCGGCAACCCCCAACAGCAAAUGGCAAACAUGCGUGGUCGCACACCCAGCCAAGGCUCUAUGAACGGUCAGCGACUCCAGGGCCCGGGCGCCAUGGCCAACUACCCAAACGCUCUACAGCAACCCCGACACCCUAACUUCUGGCUACAACCGAUCACCAUGGAGCAGGUAGUCAAGAAGCUCAACACCGAGAUCAAGGCCGCAAAGCAACAGUCGCAGGACCUUCAACAAACCCACCAGUACAUCAACGCUAUCCUCUCUACAGACACCAAGAAAGAACCUGUCAAGGCUUCGCCGAUCAACCAGGUCAGGAUAUCUCCAAUCAAAGACGGUAGCAUAAAGGCGAGAUUCUCAGACCCACCUGCGCCGCCUCCACAACAGCCUCUACCUGAAAAACCCGAUGUCGCAUCGUCUCUCAGAAGAUCCGAUACCGAGCGUCCAAAGACUGCGUCCCCAGUCCGCUCUGAUGCACAGUUGUCCACACUUACAGAGGCCCUGACCAGUGCGAAAAAAGAGAUUGAAACACAGGGAAUGCGGCUACGAGACUUGGAAACCUUGUUGAACGAAGAGCGUCGCGCAAGAGAAGAUGCUGAAGAGCGAGCGGCCCGACUCGAACGCGAAACAAACAAGGACCAUGGAGAUGCUGAAACCGUGGUUGGUGACGAUGAGACACACGAGCCUGAAGUAGCUGACGCACAGCGCGAAGAGCUCACUGGAUCUGAGAACGGGUCCGCAUCUCCCACCAGUGCCGAGGACACCACCACUCGCUUGCAGCAACGUUUGGAGGUUAUGAUGUCCGAGAUGAACGAGAUGAAGCAGCAGAUGGAGCGGUAUAGGGAAAGAGCCGAGACUGCUGAAGCCGAUCGCAAGACUCUGGCAGAGAUGAUCGAGAACAUCAGAGAAGACAAUGCAAAGACCGCUAGCAAAGAAAGCCAACGGCGAAGCAGGAGCAACAGCGCGUCAACAAGGACGACCACCAAAACUCUCGUUGAAGGAUCCGACGGCGAAGCUGAGGAGGGCGAAAUCAUGAUCAUCAAGGAGAAGGACCUUGACGAGGACGGCCCAGAAGUGUCCAUUCCCACCAAAAACGAGCAGAACGGGCAUGCUGUUGGGUUGAACGGCUCGAAGACCACGGGGAAAUCUAAUUCCUUGGUCGCCCAUCGGCCAGAUCGAGACUCCAUGUACUAUGGCGGUCCGGUCGGAGCCAUGGUUACAGUCGUUGCAAUAGGUGUCGCAGUCAUGGCCAUGCUCAACCAAUAUCCCAAGGCUGAGCGUUGA